ACCGCAAUGGCUCCAACCAAUCUCAACACCCCGGUACCGGGCAUACCCUAUUUCACCCCCCAACAUGUACACUCACCCGGCACUCCAAAGGAGCUCUCAUCGAAAACGCCCACGCUAUUCACACCCCUCCAAAUUCGCAACGCGACUCUCCGCAACCGCUUCGUCGUCUCACCGAUGUGCCAGUACUCUGCAGCGCCAUCUGGACCUAAAAUUGGUGCUCUAACGGACUGGCAUGUUGCGACACUGGGCCAUUAUGCCAUCAAAGGAGCGGCUCUAGUUUUCGUUGAAGCCACAGCUGUCCAGCCCAACGGGCGGAUUUCACCAAAUUGUCCCGGCCUGUGGGAUGAUGCGCAGAUCGCCGGCUUGAAGCGAGUUGCCGACUUUGUCAAGUCCCAAGGUGCUCUCGUAGGCAUACAACUGGCGCACGCUGGCCGCAAGAGUAGUACCGCCGCACCUUGGCUAGCGACAGUCGACGGCCCAAGAUCCAAGCGUGCCGACAAAGAUAUUGGCGGUUGGCCGGACGACGUGAAAGGCCCUUCCGGCGGACUAGAUCAAGUCUGGGAUGGGAUUUACGAUAGCGAGCAGAACAGAUUCUGGCCUCCCAAGGCCUUGACGACCCAAGAGGUUAGGGAGGUUGUGCAGGCUUUUGCAACGGCAGCAGAGAGGAGUGUGAAGGCUGGAGUUGACGUGAUUGAGAUUCAUGCUGCACAUGGAUACCUUAUACACCAGUUCCUGUCGCCAAUCUCUAACCGACGAACGGAUGAAUACGGCGGUAGUUUCGAGAAUAGGACAAGACUUCUUUUUGAAGUGAUCAAAGCUAUCCGGAACGUCAUUCCGGCGAGCACGCCGCUCUUUGUUCGCAUUUCAUCAACCGAAUAUUUGGAAGACACCGAUUUAGGCAAGAAACUAGGAUCUUGGGUGGUUGAAUCGACGAUCAAGGUGGCCAAACAGCUCCCUGCUCUGGGCGUCGACUUAUUGGACGUCAGCAGCGGCGGCAACCAUCCCGACCAACGUAUCGACGGUUUUAACGCCAAGAACUACCAGGUCGAGAUAGCCGACCGUAUCAGGAAAGCCGUGCAUGCCGAUAAUUUGAAGCUUCUCAUCGGCGCUGUUGGCAUGAUCACGGAAGCGGAGCAGGCGAAACGCAUCGUCGAGCAGAACGGCGCCGUCGCCCAGCUCGAGAACAGUAUCCGCGAGGAAGCUGAGGCCGCAAAGGAGGCGACCGAUGCCAAGGACGGCAAACAGCCCCUGGCCGAUGUUAUUUUCGUCGCUAGGCAGUUCAUGAGGGAAUCAGAGUGGGUGUUGAAGGUUGCGUGGCAGUUGGGCGUGGAUGUUUGGUGGCCAAGUCAGUUUAUGAGAGUCACUUUCUGAUCGGCUUCAAUUCCGAAGGCUCGACCCUCACGCACGAAAUUUCGAGGCGGACGAUUGACAAGUUCAAGCAUAAGAUCAAAUAGAAGUUACCUAGAAGCGUGGAGCCGUAUUGUAGAUUUCACAAUACCCAUUUGUGUCUCGCUUCUGAAAUAUCCAAGCUCAGUCCU